UUCAUCAUUUUGAAUUAUCCAGCAUUUAAAUACUGAUUAUGAUAUACCACUAAUAUAUAACCAUUCGCCGACAAUUAUAAAGUCAAUAUAUAUGUGUGCAGAGUAACAUGCUUUGAUUUCAACAACUUGUCAGAGGUUACCAAAUUUUACCACACCGUGUGGAAAAUGAAGCAAGUGUAGCAUUAUAAACACCCCGACGUCGUUUCACCUCUCCAUCUCCAUUUUAUUUUCCUUCAAAAUGAGAUUUCUACAGCUGCUAACGCUUCUCAGCCUCCUCCUCCUCGUCAUAGUGCCCCCAACCUCAGCGACAUUCUACACCAACGUCUCUUCCAUACCACCGUCACACCUCCUAAACGCCACCCGAAGCGCGUGGGAAACAUUCUCAAAACUCGCCGGUUGCCACGUCGGAGACAAAGCCGAAGGCCUCUCGAAACUCAAACAAUACUUCCGCCGUUUCGGCUACAUCUCCUCCUCCGUCGCCGAUAACAACUUCACCGACGACUUCGACGACGUCCUCAAAUCCGCCAUCACCACUUACCAAAACAACUUCAACCUCAAAUCCACCGGAAAACUCGACGCGCCGACUCUCCAACAAAUCGUCAAACCGAGAUGCGGCAACCCGGACAUAAUCUCCGAUAUGAACGCCGGGAAGAAGCUCCGCACGGUGGCGCGUUACUCGUUCUUCCCGGGGAAGCCGAAAUGGCCGAAAAAGAAUCGAGAACUUACCUACGCGUUCGUCCCACGUAACAACCUAACGGAAGAAGUGAAAAACGUUUUCGCACGCGCGUUCACGCGCUGGGCGGACGUUACUCCCUUAAACUUCACGCGCUCCGAGUCGGUCGUUGGCGCGGAUAUAGUGAUAGGUUUUUUCGCGGGAGAGCACGGAGACGGAGAGCCGUUCGAUGGACCAAUGGGAACGCUUGCGCACGCGUCGUCUCCUCCCACGGGGAUGUUUCAUUUGGACGGGGAAGAGGAUUGGCUGAUCUCGGGGGAAGAUGUGAACCGGAGGAAGAUAUUGCCGGUGACGUCGGUGGUGGAUUUGGAGUCGGUUGCUGUUCAUGAGAUUGGGCAUCUUCUUGGGUUGGGUCACUCGUCGGUGGAGGAUGCGAUUAUGUAUCCGGCGAUUGCUGGUGGAGAUAGGAAAGUGGAGUUGGCGAAGGAUGAUAUUGAGGGGAUACAGCGUCUGUAUGGAGACGGUAGUUCUGGACGGAGAAGUGAGACUAGCGGUGGAGAUGAGUUCGGGGGUGGGUUGGUGUUUAGGUUAUCGUUGAUUGUCACGUGUAUGCUUUUGGUUUGUUGGUAGCGUUUUGACUGGGUGGGAUCUUUCGUGAGUUUCUCAAAUUUAAAUGCGGAUACACACAAUCUUUAUGUUUAGUCAUGAAUAUCUUAUUGAAGAUUCUUUUGGUGAAAUUUUCUAAUACUUUAAAAACUUUGUUGAUACACAGUUACACAUCAAUCUAAUA